CCAAGAAGAAGAGCCCUCCCCCCGACCUCCAUCUUGAGGGGAGAGAAGCAGAGGAUGUUUGAUGUUGGGGGCCAGAGAUCGGAGAGAAAGAAAUGGAUCCAUUGCUUUGAAGGAGUGACAGCCAUCAUCUUCUGUGUUGCUCUCAGUGCAUAUGACUUGGUUCUGGCUGAAGAUGAGGAGAUGAAUCGAAUGCAUGAGAGCAUGAAGCUGUUUGACAGUAUCUGUAACAACAAAUGGUUCACUGAUACAUCCAUCAUCCUCUUCCUCAACAAGAAGGAUCUCUUUGAGGAGAAGAUCAUCCACAGCCCCUUGACCAUCUGCUUCCCAGAAUACACAGGGGCCAAUAAAUAUGAUGAAGCUGCUGGCUACAUCCAGAGCAAGUUUGAGGAUCUGAACAAGAGGAAGGACACCAAGGAAAUCUAUACCCACUUCACUUGUGCCACUGAUACCAAGAAUGUGCAGUUUGUCUUCGAUGCUGUCACUGAUGUCAUCAUUAAAAACAACCUGAAGGAUUGUGGGCUCUUCUAGCUCUUCAGGUGACAUCUACUUAGGAACACAGGAAGGAUUACUUGAACUGCUCCAUAUGAGGAAGAGGCUGAUGCUGUUGAAGGGAGGACUGCACCAUUUAACAACUUCUGCUUCUUACGUUUCUGUUUCGCUCCUUUUUAAUUUUCCUGUUGAGGAGACUGUGGUGAUUCUGACUGUCCGAGGGACAGGCUCCAUUGCUUUCCCUGCUCUCUGCUGUCCCAGGCGCCUCUUUCAGGCCGUUUCUAUCCUCUCCCUGUGCCCACAAAGCCUUACUGAAGCACCAAUGAUUGGUGGCCUGCCAUAGCUGUAACAUUUCCAUGUAUAUCCUUUCCUUUCCUCUCCUUUCCUGUUAAGCUAAAGUGCAGAAGGUAGCAGGUCAAGGGGCGCUGGACAUGUUCUUAAUGUUCUUUCCUGUAUAUUUUAAAAGACAAAAUUUCUAGAGGAAUUUUUUGUUUGUUUCUGUUUUCACCUAAGCAGCCCUCAAUCUGGCUCUGCCAAAGCAAUCCAUUGUCCAUUUGUUUUUCACCUUCUGUCAGGGGGAGCUUUUGCCAUGGAGCAAGUGUCUCAGCUCCUACCUCUGUAAUUUGCACAGACCAGCAUGAAAUCAAAAGCAUUCCUCAAAGAAGCCAAUUUGUGCAGGAAAAGUCAGUCUAUCUUUUUUUAAAAGGAAACCUUUUUAAAGACCUUAUUUAAAAUGUCAAGUAGUUAACGGUUGAGUUACCCAAUAUGAAUUCAUCUUCUUUAGUAAAUUUUGUGCCUUGAGGGUGUCUGUAUGUUUACAUCUGUUCCUUAGUUUGCUUCAACAUGCAUUGUGUUUAGAUUAGUAUAGAAUGGGUUCCCCUUCCCCCCUUUUUUCCCCAGCCCUUCUCUUUCUUUCUGCUGUGGUCCAGGAUAAGCUUUUUAUGAGGGGCAGCACCCAAGGAUCUAAAACACGUUUCUUCCUGGCCACAGGAUUAGGUUCCUAAGGGCUAAGAUUCCACUAAGGACUAAGCAAUGUCAAUGUCAACUUCUUUCCAUUCCUUUGUGCCCCACCCCAGGGCCUGGGGGUGAUCCUGAGGUUGCUGUAAUGUCAGGUCUAUUUUAAAGAAUUUUCUUAGCUCUAACUGUAGUAUCAGUUGAGAAAACACUGCUGUAUGUAAGCGGUCCUGCCUGCCGUGCAAUCGAUGGGCACUGGGGCCAUUAGUAACCGUCAAGACGCAGCCUAGCUUUUAUCACAAUGUUUUACCAAAUUUGUUCACAUGGUUUGAAAUAAUAAAAAGUAGAAAGAA